AUGGUGUUACUUUUCUUUUCAGGAUUGGCAAUGAAAUACUUCUUGUGUUUGGCUGCUGUUGCUGGCUUCCUGCCUGUUUUGACCCUAAGACAUGAAGCAGCUUUAAAAACCCUGCUGACUGAAUCAACAGCUGUCCAGGAAGAAAUCGUGAAUCUGCACAACACCCUCAGGAGAAAAGUGAUUCCUGAAGCCAGCAACAUGCUGAAGAUGAGUUGGGGGGAAGAAGCUGCAGAAAACGCCAGAACUGUGUCAAAGUACUGUGAUCCGGAAGGGAGUGACCCAAUUGACAGGAGACUUGAAAAUACCUUUUGUGGAGAAAAUAUUUAUAUGUCAGCUUUACCUUACUCAUGGUCCCAAGUAAUCGGAAUCUGGUAUAGCGAAUCUAAAAAUUUCAGCUAUGGAAAAUACGUAUCACAGGAUUUGGUCAUAACUCAUCAUUACACUCAGCUCGUUUGGGCCAGUUCUUACCUCAUUGGCUGUGGUGUUGCAGUAUGUCGAAAAGAAAAGCUAUUUCACUAUCUCUAUGUUUGUCACUAUUGUCAUGAGGGAAAUGAUCCUGAAAGAAUUUAUUUGCCCUAUAAGAAGGGCACACCUUGUGGAGACUGUCCAACUCACUGUGAUGAUAAGCUUUGCACUAAUCCCUGCCUCUUCUAUGAUGAACUCACCAACUGUGAGACACGAGUGAAAGCACUAGGAUGCAGGCACUCAUCCCUCAAAUUACUCUGCAAUGCUACUUGUAACUGCAACACUGAGAUAAAAUAA